ACGGAAACUUCCAACAACAUCCCAUCAUAACCUUGAAGCUAUCAACGUUUUGAAGACGGGAUACAAUAUUCCAAGCGGUGAUUGGGACGGGACUGCUUCACUGCUUGGAAACCUCAAAAAGGCGGCAGAGGCGCGUCAUGCGCGGCACCCUCCCCAUCACCUUUGGGGCUGCGUGCUAUCACUGAUUUUAAUCACCUCUAAUCGCCUCUCAUAGCUCGCAGGGCAGGACGCAUCCUAUCACCUUACAUAUGCUCGCGAGCCGUCUACGAUUGCCGCCGUCCCUGGCCCGGCAAUGGCACGCUCAAAGACACACAGUCGCGGCUUUUUCGCCCGGACGUGUGAGCAAGAGUGCAGAACCGCUAUCCUCGCGUUCGCUCUAUGAAAGGGUGUUUCCUAGCAAACCGGCCUCGGUCUCCGCGCAAGCAAGAAGACCCCGGGCAUCUCAACCGCUCUCAAAACUAGGCGACCAGCGGCAGUAUCUGCCAGCGAGUGGUGGCCGGGAUAGUGAGGACAGUGGGCAUGACGAGGACAUUGACCUCUCCAAGGCCCGCGAUGAGCUAAGUGGCUGGCUCAACCCGUCCGGCCUCGCUGCCGCCGACAAGCAACACCGCACCGAUGAUCGGGACGGGAAUGAGAACGGCGAUCACCAGGGAGGCGACAGCCAGAUCGUGCUCGUCCUGCAGAACCUGUCCCGCUCGCUCGUCGAGUCCGACUUCCACCGCUUCGCUCGCAGGGGCCAGCACAUCGCCGGCUGGACAGGGGGCAUCACCAAGGUCGUGCGGUCCAUCUGCCCUGUCACGGGGGAGCCGCGCGGCCAGUACUAUGUGGUUUUCGACAGCCAGCGCGCCGCAGCCGCCUACGUCGACGCCGUCCAAACCCGGCUGCGUCAGGCGCAGGAGGUCGGUGUCCCCUCCUCUUCCUCGACCACCAGCUCCUCACAACCCAUCCCGGCGGCCUCGCACCCAACCACCACCACCACCACCCACUUCACCCUCCUCCCGCCGGACCUGCCAUUCCAAGCCGCCCGACUAUCUCUCAACGACCUUGCCGACGUGGCCGACGCCGGUAGCCGACAACAACAGCAGGGCGGGACGGCAGCAGCACUGGCGCAAGACAGCGUGCUCCCCCGUAUGCUGCAGGACGAGCUGCUUGGGCGGAGCGAAGCCGACCUGGGCCGGCGCGUGCUGGUGCGGCUGGCGGGCAGCAAGGUGACGUGGGAGACGAUGAAGGAGUUCAUCCGCGCGGACGGGGCCGAGCGCAACCUGCCCUGGCGGCUGGCGGCGUCGCGGCCGGUGCGGACGAUCCGGGCCGGCAGCGGGCCGAUUCGCUGGUGGGGCGAGGAGGAGGACGGCCUUCGCGAGUUGGUUGCCGAGGGGACCAACAAAAAGAAGGAGGAGGAGAUUGGGUACACGCGGUUUGUCGUCGUGUUUGCCGACGCGGCCGAGGCGCGCCGGUUCGCGCGGACGUGGCAUCGCCGGGAGGUGGUGGAUGAGCGCACCGAUCGGGUCAUGGUUGUGAAUGCCCGUGCGCUGUGGUAGAGCUGAGGCGUCGCGGCGAUGGGAAUUGUAGGGAUACCUACUGUAGAACUUUAGUAUGUGUAGGAUUGUACUGAUAAGGGGUGGCAGAUGGGAUAUAAAAGCGGAUCUGCCAGGUGUAUGACACACUGGCAAGGUUAGAUCACACCAAGCAUAGACGGAUUCAAAGAUCAAUCUCCAUUUAAGAGAAGAUAGCA